AUGCAUCGUACCGCUUCGACGACAUCCACUACCGGGAUUUCCGGCCCGUCAGCCUCUUCCCCAUCAGCUCAGCCACUCACUCACAACAUUUUCUCUUCCUCAUCCACCCGCGGGUCCCGGCAAUCCACUCACCCCAAUUCCUCCCCAACAUUCUCUAACACGUUUCCUUCUUCCGCUUCCCAACUUAGACCGUCGGAUCCUUCUUCUGUCCCAACUGCAACAACUCAGUCCAUUACCAAUGCCAAGCCUUCCCAAGCCACCAAUUUUCCAGCAGUGGACUCCCUGAAUGACCUUUUCCACUCAGAUUCCUUUCCCCCUAAUACUCGUAAUUAUCGUUCCGCGCUUCGGAGACGUUCAGUGACUGACGCUACCCUCGGAAUUGGUCAGAGUUCUAGCAGUGGAGAGCCUGUUAAUUCUCCGACAACCUUGGACAACAACCCCCAAACAAAUGAUACGACUGCAGUCAACAGCGCUCUUCUACCGGAUAGCACAACGUCUUACGUUGCUCAGCCGUAUUCCAGUUAUGGUGCUCCAUACGGCUCUGGAUAUGGAUACGGAGGAUACAGUGGAUUCGGGUUUGGCGGGCGGUCUUCUUAUGGAUACGGUGGUAUGUGGUCGACUUAUUGA